AUGUGGGACGAAUUUCUUAGUAUAUGUCGGUCAAUUUUUGAAACUAAAGUCGAAGACAAAUUUCCCUGUUUUCUCGCUGACGACUUGUGGAAAGUUACUAAUUGUGACAUUAAAUUCGAGAAAUUGUCAGCAAAACAGGUGAGGUUGCAAAAAAGUGUUAUUCAAAAUGGUCCGGCCGUUCUGGAAUUUCUUGAAGAGCAUGGCAAUAUACUGAGCGAUGUCCAAAAAAAGGUGAACAGUAUCGUGUGCAGUGAUGUAUGCGCUGAUGGAGAUUCAGAUGCUGAGACAUCAGUCGCUAAAAAUUUGUCUGACAUUGCUGAAGAAGGUAACAAUGAUGGUGGAAAUUUCAUGACAAUGAGAAUAGUUGAAAUAUCAAGUUCUUGGCCUGAUUAUGUUCAGGUUAUGAAUUGGGUUUUCAAUAACAACAGCAAAAGUGGCAGCACCAGAAAUGUCGAUGUCAAUGUCAGGACAUGUUCUGAUGUGAAACGAUGA